CAACCUUGGAAGCCUUCCUGCUAGUAUUUAACCCAGGCCGCCUUCUCCAAUAGUGGAGCUGCGUACAGCGACCGCACCCGCCUGGACCUGAGCCCGCUUUUAAGGGUCUGCUAGUGCCUGCGCAACUCGGCGGCAAUUGCUUUGCUCGAAUUGAGAUAUAUUUGAGCCUGCCUCAACCCGCCUUGUUGAUCUUCUAAGUAUCGGAAUCUUGGAAUACAGAUCCCUCUUCUUACGGCUAUCGAUUGACGAAAGUCCACGAUGUCGAACAAGCCCAUCUUUGUGGCUACCCAUCCCCGGGCCUGCUCUACGGCCUUUGAGCGGGUUUUCAUGACCCGCCGGGACACGCUCCAAUGCGUCCACGAGCCUUUUGGCGACGCCUACUACUUCGGACCAGAACGACUUGCAGAAAGAUAUGAAGACGAUGAAAAGAGUCGGCUUGAGAGCGGUUACUCUGAGAGCACCUAUCGGACCAUCUUUGACAGAAUCGCGAAAGAGAACACUGAGGGCAAGCGCAUCUUCAUCAAGGACAUGGCCCAGUACUGGAUCCCGCCCAACAACAAGCCAGCCCAGAUCGCUCCCUCUCUCAUCAACUACAAGCGUGGCGUCGGAACCGACACUACUGCUCUGUCCCCUGUCACCACGAGGACCGACCGGGAUGGGCCACCGUACCCGUACCCUAACAAGGGAGAGCCUGGCAACCCGACUGUGAUCCCGAGGGACCUCUUGGCCAACUUCCACUUCACCUUUCUCAUUCGCCACCCGAGGAACAGCAUCCCGAGCUACUACCGCUGCACCAUCCCACCGCUCGAUGAGAUGACGGGGUUCUACAACUUCCGCCCUGACGAAGCUGGCUAUGAUGAGCUCCGCCGUCUGUUCGACUACCUCCGCCACGACGGACAGGUUGGUCCUAAACUCGCUGGACAAUUUGCCAAUGGCUACACGAACGGCACGAACGGGACCAACGAUGCCAAUGGCACACACGCCGCCGCAGAGAUCUGCGUCAUCGAUGCUGAUGACCUCCUUGACAAUCCCUCUGGCAUUAUCGAGGCCUUCUGCAAGACCACGGGCAUUGAGUACGAGCCGGAGAUGCUGAAAUGGGACAAUGACGAAGACCACAAGGUCGCCAAGGAGGCGUUUGAGAAGUGGAAGGGGUUCCACGAGGACGCGAUUGAUAGCACCGAGUUGAGGGCUAGGACGACCAAGAAGACGCCCAAGAGCGACGAGCAGCUCUUCGCCGAAUGGACGGAGAAGUAUGGCGAGGAGGGCGCGAAGAUUAUCCGCGACACCGUGAAGGAGAGUAUCCCGCAUUAUGAGUACCUGAAGCAGUUCGCCAUCAAGGUUGAGCUGCCGAACUAGGGUUGGGAGACCUGACGAGGGUCCACUUCGCUAGAUUGUCUAUCGGGACGCUGGAAAUAGGUAACGACAGUCCUUUCCUCACAUACAUGGCAUGCGGAUACACAUGCAUUAGUACACAGACGGAAAACGAGGAAAACAAAAAGGUCACUAAAUUGUAUUGCGGAUGGAAUAAUGCGGCCUAGGUACUGUUCUCUUCUAUCCUAUAUUGAAUUCAGUCUUCUAUUUGGCAAGCUAUUUUCGCCCUCGCGCUUGUUUCGAUGGCCGUUGGAGUCUCUGCACUCACCCCUCUUUUUGCUACUGAAGCAUUUACACCCCUGUUUAACCUGUAGCUGAAUC